CCUUCCCUCACAGUGACGCAGUGAAGUGGGCUGGUCCAGCUGCGGGUGCAGGGUUUUGGAGAAGUCUCGUGCGCAGGGAGCCAGCAGCAGUCCGGCAGACUUCAUCUGGAGACGCUCCUGGAUCAGACGCGCGCGUGUGUGUGGGAUGUUGGAGCCACGUACGGAUCUGCAGGACAGACUUCUCUCCCCGGGAGACCCCAGCCAGUGUCCCCUCAACUUGUAGCACCAUCACCCUCUGCAGGAGCCCGCAGAGCUGGAUAAAAGUUUGGCCUGAGUGACGGUCCCGCCUCUGGCUGCCACAUCUGGACUCCUCUGAAGUCGACGGGUCCAGCGGCUGCCGCCGGUCCUACCUGACCUGACCCCGUCCCUGCUGGUUCUCCGUGGUCUUUACAGUGGAAUAUCUGGGCUCUCUUUGAAUCCUGCUACAUUUUUAUGAACUUUUUUUGAUUUUGUUCAUUUGAUUUGAUUUGAUUUUUAAUUCCACCAAACAAAAAUGGAACAUUUAGCUCUGAGAAUAACCUGCUCCCUGCUGCUUCUCUGCCUCCUGGAACAAAGGGUAGACUCCAACGAGAUCCUGGGCCUGAAGCUGCCCAACAUUGACCCCAUCCUGAACGCCAACACGGUCUGUCUGACCCUGCCGGGCCUGACGCGGCGCCAGCUGGACGUGUGCAUGCGGAAUCCAGAUGUGACGGCAUCGGCGAUCCAGGGAAUCCAGAUCGCCAUCCACGAGUGCCAGCAUCAGUUCCGAGGGCACCGCUGGAACUGCUCCAGUCUGGAGACCCGCAACAAGAUCCCCUACGACAGCAUCGUCUUCAAAAGAGGUUUCAGGGAGAGCGCGUUUGCGUACGCCAUCGCAGCGGCAGGUGUGGUGCAUGCGGUGGCGAACGCCUGCUCCAUGGGCAAGCUGAAGGCCUGCAGCUGUGACGAGAAGCGGCGCGGCGACGAGGAGGCGUUCAGGAUCAAACUGCACCGGCUGCAGCUGGAGGCCAUCCACCGGGGCAAGGGCAUGGUGCACGGCGUCAUGGAGCACUUCCCCGCGGAGCUGCCAGGACCCCAGGACUCCUGGGAGUGGGGCGGGUGCAGCCCGGAUGUGGAAUUUGGAGAGAAGUUCUCCCGGGACUUCCUGGAUGCCCGUGAGACGUACAAGGACAUCCACGCUCGCAUGAGGCUGCACAACAACAGAGUGGGGAGACAGGUGGUUCUGGACCACAUGAGAAGGAAAUGCAAGUGCCACGGGACGUCGGGCAGCUGCCAGCUGAAGACCUGCUGGCAGGUCACCCCGGAGUUCCGCGUGGUGGGCUCCAUCCUCAAAGAGCGCUUCCACAUCGCCACGCUUAUCAAAGCGCACAACCGGAACACCGGGCAGCUGGACCACUCGCACCACAACAACAACCACAACAACCACCACAGCCACCACAACCAUCACAACCACCACCACCACCACCACCACCAUCAGAUCAACCACCACCACCACCACACGCACCGGCGGCGGCCCAGCGUCAACGAACUGGUCUACUUCGAAAAGUCCCCCGAUUUCUGCGAGCGGGACCUGGGCUCGGACUCGGCCGGCACUCAGGGCCGGAUCUGCAACAAGACCAGCCCCGGCAUGGACAACUGCGAGAGUCUGUGCUGCGGCAGAGGACACAACAUCCUGCAGCAGACGCGGAGCGAACGCUGCAACUGCAAGUUUCACUGGUGCUGCUACGUGGUGUGUGAGGAGUGCAGGAUAACGGAGUGGGUCAGCGUCUGCAAAUGAAGAAAACACACACACACGAAAAAGACCAAAGACACAAAACAAAGAGAGGAGACGUUUUAAUUUGAAAGGGCGGCAGGACUGUGGCGUGCGUGCGUGCGUGCGUGCGCCCCAUAUGUUGUUGCGGUGGACUGUGUGAGGACGGUGUGUGUGUGUGUGUGUGUGUGUGUGUGUGUGUGUGUGUAGCAGCUGAGCCAGCAGAACGUUGUGCACGUGCAGCAUACGCCUCACGCUGCCGCCGCUCGGAGAGCUUUCAUGUUCCCGCCAAACUCUUCAGACGGAGGACGAUAAUUAGAACGGACAAAUGUUUGAGAACGCCGGCUCUGAAGUCGGCGACACGUGACGACUAACACGCGGCUGCGUGAGGUACAGGUGAACCAGAGGAAGUCAGUGAGAGCGUUGAGUUGCAUGUGUAAAAAAAUAUUAAUAAUAUUAAUGCUUUGUUGCACCAGUGAAACAACGUUGUGGUAAAACUUCCUGUUUCCUGUCACGUUUAAAAAAAAAAGGACUGUGUUAAGGACACGGACGUCGCAUUCCACCUUAAAAAGCAGGUCGAAAAAACAGGGACCAACGACUUCACUCAGUGUCCGAAACUUUUGUUUCCAUAUUUAUGUUCGCAGUUCGCUGGCGUUUGUUUUUUGGUUUUUUGUUUUUUUUUUCACCAUUUUCCAGAAAAGUUUUAAAACUGAAAAAAAGGUCGGUGACUUUGUGACGUAAAAAGAACUCCAAUAUUUAAAACCCAGUCCGAUGUAAAUUUAAUAACGUAGUUAAUGAUUUCAGAGGGUCAGAAACAGCUGCUGAAUGUGGAUGACCUUUGACCCCCUAGUUAAAAACGCCCCCCCCCCAAUGAACAUUGACUCAGUUGCUUUAGGAACUUAUUGACACUUAAACCUUUGCACUUCUUAAUCCAAAAAUCUCAUCAAUAUUUUUUCUGCCAUUUAUUUUUAUUUAAAAUGGACAAAGUCACAGUUAGAAAACUGCCAUUUUUUAAUU